AUGUAUAACCAUGGAGAUAAACAACAAUUCAUGACAAAACCUACUUCCGUAGUCAGGUAUGGUUUUUCCCCGAAAGCUCUCUCUAAUUCCACCCUUCUAUUCGCAGGUCGCGAUCCGUUGAUUUUCUACGACAUGAGGGCUUUGGCGCUCAGCAUGCGUCAACAUCACUGUGCAGCUUGCGGCCGAUCGUACAAGCACAAAAAGCAUUUGACGUCGCACAAGAGAUACGAAUGCGGAAAACAACCCCAGCAUCAGUGCCCUUACUAUGGAUUCUUAUUGGGAAACGGUUACUUUGUGCCUUAUUCGAAUAUUUGUUACGAAGAUGUCAUCAACCUAAAACAUACGACAGGUGAAAAAAAUUUCAAUGUCGAAGGUGUCUCAAAAUCUAUGAACACAAAUAUGAUACCUGGACUCACCUUCUUCGACAACCGCUCCGGAAGCCGAUCAAUGAAUAAAUAUUUGGGCAGAAAUUCUAUACCAGUGGUGUACACCAGUGAUGGAGAUAUGCUGCACCAGUGCCCGGACUGCCCCCGGAAUUACCGGCAUGCAACGGGCUGGUACAGGCACCGGAAAUACGAAUGCGGGAAGGAAAAACUUUUUGAAUGUCUGCUCUGUCACCAGAAGUUCCACCAGAAGAGCAACUUGAAGACACAUUCUAUGAAACAUACCAGGAAAUACAAAUUUGGGGGUUACUCUGACUGGUCGUUCUAUCAAAUUGAGCAAGAAACUUAUGUCAGAAAAAGUCAACAAGGAACCAAAAACUUUUUCUGUCCCAACUGCAAAAAGGGCUACGUUCACGGUCGUGGUCUUCAUCAACACAUGAAAUAUGAAUGUGGCAAAGAGCCGCAAUUCUUUUGCCCUCAAUGCCCUUACAAAUGCCACCUAAAGGGCAACUUGGCAAGGCAUUAUUUCUACAAUGCCUUUCCUCGCAAAAUCUUCGAAACACCAUAUAACCAUAGCCGUCGAAGUUUUGAAGAAACCAAGAAGUACGUCUGUCCCAAUUGCAGAAGAAGCUACGUCUAUCCAAAUGGUUUGAGCCAACAUAUGAAGUUCGAAUGUGGCAAAGAACCCCAAUUUGCUUGCCCAAUGUGCCCUUACAAAUGCCACCUAAAGGGCAACUUGAUUAUUCUGACCAGAGUUAUUACACCUAUUCUGAAUAUCCACGGGUCAUCCAAAAUCACCAAAGAUUCAAACAAUUUGUAUGUCACAGCUGCCAGAAAUCAUAUUCAUACGAACGUGGACUCACGCAGCAUAUUAGAUAUGAAUGUGGGAAAGAACCUCAAUUUAUUUGCCCAAAAUGCCCUUACAAAUGCCAUAGAAAAGAAAGUUUUGUCCGACACUGUUGGGCUCGGAUAUUCUGUUCAGUGUUUGUACUCCAAAUGUAAUAAAAAAGCGAAGCAAUUUUUCUGUUUAAAUUGCCACAAAGGAUACGUCUACGAGCGCAGCCUGAAGCAACAUAUUAGAUAUGAAUGUGGCAAAGAACCACAAUUUGCUUGUUCACAGUGUCCUUAUAAAUCUCAUGUUAAAGGAAAUUUGAAAAUGCAUUAUUUGCGGUACAAAGCCUACGUCAAACAGUACCUGAAGCGUCUUCACACGUCCAUCGUCAGCGACGGCGGCGACAGGUCGAUUCUUCGCGCUUUUGCAGCAAAUUCCAACAAGAACUCCGGAGGCGCCAAUAAUGAGAACAGCGAAAAGUUUCGCUGCCCAAAUUGUCCUACCAGAGCCUACAAGCACCGAGGCAGCCUGCGAUUCCAUCUUAAGUACGAAUGCGGUAAAGAACCUCAAUUUGGUUGUUUGAGGUAUGCCAAGUUCUGUAAAGACAAGACCAAGUCGAAUCUUCAGAAGCUACUACAUUUGCUGAAUUCUUUUCAGCAGCAUUACCUUCAAGCACUGCUUCGUGCUAAUACUAGUAUUACCAGACAAAGGCUUAGUAGCAUCUCCGAUGGGUCUCAGAAGGUCUACAGGUGCCCAAAUUGUCCAACCCGCACUUACAAACAUCGAUGUAGUUUAAGACUCCAUCUCCAGUACGAAUGCGGCAAAGAACCGCAAUUUGCUUGCAGCAGAUGUUCUUAUAAAUCUCACCAAAAAGGAAAUCUCUUAUCGCAUAUGCAAUUGUGUAAGGUGUCCGAGUCGCGAUUUGCGUGCCAGUAUUGCGAACAUCGUACUUAUUAUAACCAUUCCAUGGUCAAACAUGUUUUUUCCGCACAUGGAGUAACUUUAGAUAAGCAUGAGGUUAUAAGAAAUGUUGUUGAUAAGCCGCCAGAUUCGAUGUAA